AUGUCUCCAUACACCGCUCCUCUGGUGCCUUCGCCAAUUAGCACUGAUCUCCCUCCGACUCUGACCUUCCUCUCCAAUCCCAUUGCCUCCUAUUUCAAUGCAGCUCCUCCUUACAACAAUGUCACUCUGGGGGCACUCCUAUUCACCCUACCGCCGCGAACACCGCGAUUAUUGCUUUUGCAGAGAGCGGGAGGCACGGACCCGAACGCUUUCUCGGACUUCUGGCAAAUACCUAGCGGCUCACCUAGACCUUCUGAUCCGACAAUGCUACAUGCCUUGGCCCGGAUAAUCUUUGAGCAGACAGGUCUACGCCUUGCAAGUGUGGUCACCAUGUCUGGUACUGAGAUAGAGCCUGCUAGUCGGGAGACUGGACACGCCCAAAGAAUGAGAAUGCUAUUCAUGGUCGAAGUCGCUGAGCUGGGACUAUUGCAGCUUGAUAACUCUCCAUUCGAAAAGGACUUGUUAUAUGGAAGUCAAGGACUCGACAUCAAUUCCGUACCAGUCGCUUUGAAUCUUGGCAAGCAUAGACAGCACGUAUGGUCGAGUGAGGAAGACCUCAAAGAGUUCAUCAAUUCAGGCUUGUAUCCAAUUGAAGAGAGGGCCCAGUAUCGUAUGAUGCUGGAAGCUUUCGGUCUUCACAACCAAAAUCUUGCGUACCUCCUCUCUUUGAACCAACGAAGCCAAACUGCCAGCUCGAGUCAUGGGUUCCCCAUAUGA